GUCAUGUGAUUACAGAUUUCGUGACGUCAGCCCGUCGACCUAGAAUAUUCUCUAGUUCUCAAACUGAUCGCUAAUUUUUAUUGUUGGUAAGUUACUGAUUUUUCAUAUUUAUAUGAUAUCGUCUUCAAUGACUUGUUUAUUUGUUAUUAGGUAUGAUAAAAGCCAUAAAGGCAAUAACAAAUACGGAAAAUUUCGGCCCGAAAGAAAAAGCGAAAGAAAACAAUAUGCCGUCGAUAUGUGACGUCAGCAUAUGGCCCAACACUACCAAGUCAUACAUCUCGGUUCAGGGCCUCUGUGGUGUUCCUGAUGCUCCCCACGCCGCAUGCAAAACGACAGAGGGCAACGGUGUGGGGGUUGAGAGAGCGCCCCCUGUACGCGAGGGUCUUCUAAGCACUCCGCAAUUUCUUCCACCAUCAAAUAUCCUAUUCAAUGUUCAGCUAGUGGAUGGUCGAAAUGUUGAAUGGCAGGCUGUCAUGUUUGAAGGAAAAUUAUUCGUGCACGUUUCGCCAGGAGUUUUACCAGAUGGUUCAAAGGAGAGCUUUGUUAAGAUGUUAGAGUACGCCGAAGACGAACUGGGAGUGAGCCACGUGAUCGUCAGUUUGAAGAAGAAUCGAAAAGAUCGAGCUCUGCUCGUCCAAUGUAUUGGUAGUUUCGAUGAGGAUAACGAUUAUGGAGUUUCUUUUGAAGAUUCUUGUGUAUCACCUGGAACGAUGGAAAAAUAUACAUACCCUCCAAGUCGCUCAACCAAUCAUAAUUUUGGAACUUUUCUGAAAGAAUCAAUAGAAGAAAACAACGAAGAAGACGAAAUGGGUGUUUUUGAGGCCGAUAUGAAUGAAGGGUCAAUACCAUCUAAUCUCACUGCAGCUGAACGACAUUCGCUGUUCGUUUGUUUAGAAGAUAUGAAAGCUGUGGUAAAAAAUUCCAAAAGCCGAGAAGAAUUAAUAAGUCUUGCUAUAGAACACAAUUUCGAUUCAAACGCUGCUUUAAAUUCACUAUUCUCCAAAAAGGCUAAUGCACUGGAACCUCAAAGUGCCGUCCAUGCUGAAAAAAAACCAGCCGUCCAACAAAAUCAACAAGUGAAAAGAAAAACCCUUGCCAAUCUAGCUUGUAAACAAAAUCAAAUGUCCCAAUCAGAAAGUACUAUUAAUGAAUCAAAACAAUCUCUCUCUGUUGAUACUCGAGAACAAUCUCAGUCAUUAUUUUUUAAAAAAAUAGAUAAGAGUCCAGUCCUUAAUCCUUUAGAUAAAAUUACUUCCCAGAGCUGCCCUGAACCAUCUAGUUUUGCUGUAGCAUUAACACAUGAAAAAGCUUUUGGUGCUCCGAAAUUCAGUCAUCAUAAAAGUCGCCUAUAUACACAUCCUUUACACAAUAGCAUUCAGCCUUUUGAUUUUCUUGACCCCUCUCCGGAUGAUAUAGUUCAUCGACAUCAAAAGGCAGCUUUUCGAAAUAAAAACAAUGUUUCAGCUUACCGGACAAAUACAGAGAAAAAAAAGGAAAAUAAACCGAAUAGCAAUCGUCCCCCUGGAAAGAAACAGAGAGGCCCAAACGAUAAAGGAAAUGUUGCAACAGUCUCAUCUACUGACGAAAAUAGAAAAAAAUUAUCACAAAUGUCUUUAGCCUCUGGAGAGUCAGCUUCUCCCAAUCCUCUCCCGAAAAAGACUCAUUUGAGCACACCAAAUAAAUUAAUUUCUCGUAAAUCUCAAGAAAAAGAGAAACUUGAUUUACAAGCUGAAUAUGAAAAACGAAAAUUGUGCUCGAAAGGGAAAGAGGCCCUCAAUAUUAUCGUUUGUGGCCAUGUUGACGCAGGAAAAUCAACGCUAAUGGGACAUUUACUUGUAAAGCUGGGCCAAAUAAGUAGCAAACAGCUACAUAAAAUAAAACAGGAGGCGACAAAGGCCAAUCGGCAAAGUUUUUGGCUCGCUUUCGUAUUAGACGAGCUGGAAGAUGAAAGAGAAAGAGGUGUAACAAUGGAUAUUGCUCGAGCUUCCUUUGAAACAGAUCAUAAAAUAGUAAAUAUCUUAGAUGCCCCUGGCCAUAAAGAUUUUAUUCCCAAAAUGAUCAGUGGUACUGCUCAAGCAGACUCUGCCAUUAUGGCCGUCGAUGCUUCUCCUGGAGAAUUUGAGGCCGGCUAUGAAAGAAGUGGACAAACUCGAGAGCAUGGUAUGCUUUUACGUUCCAUAGGUGUGCAACAAAUUAUCGUUGCCAUAAACAAAAUGGAUAUGGUAAAUUGGAACGAGGAGAGAUUCAACUACAUUCAGCAGACAAUGAAAUCAUUUUUCACAAAAGCAGGCAUAAAAGAAAAAUCUUUAAGCUUUAUACCAGUCUCUGGUUAUCAUGGGUAUAACUUAGCAGAAAGAUACAAUGAUGAAUGUGCGUCUUGGUAUAAGGGUCCAACGUUACUUGAACAAAUUGAUAGCUUUGCGUCGCCCCAGCGAAAGAUAGAUGCACCAUUCAGAAUGACUGUAUCAGAUGCUUUUAAAGGUUCUGGAAGUAACGUUAUGAUAGAAGGAAGAAUUUUCACAGGAGGUGUUCAGCUCCACAAUCGAUUAUUACUUUUACCCAACAACGACGUUGCUGUAGUUAAGGAGAUUCAACUGAACGAUAAAGCCGUACCCUGUGCAUUUGCUGGCGAUUUAGUUAUUUUAGCCUUGUCUGGAAUAGAAUUGAAUGCAGUUUAUAAAGGAAAUGCAUUUUCGUCUCCAGAGAGGCCUAUGAAGUGUACUAAUUGUUUUGAAGGAAGAAUAGUUGUAUUUGCAACAAAAGUUCCCAUUACAAAUGGUUUUACAGUUGAGUUACAUAUUCAAGAAAUGUGUGAACCCGCCAUCAUUAAGAAGCUGUAUAAAAUUGUCAAUCAGUCUUCUGGUGAAACUAUCAAGAAGAAGCCAAGAAUUCUAGUUGCUCAACAAACAGCUGAUGUUUUAAUUGAAAUAAGCCGUAGUGCCCCAAUGGAAGAAUUUAAAGAAGUAUCUGAGCUUGGUCGAUUUACUCUUCGAUCCCAAGGAGAAACCAUCGGGGCCGGUAUUAUUACAAAGUUGUUGGAAAAGCAGAAGAUUUCUUGGUCGUAA